AUGAUUUAUUUUAUGUCCGUAAUGAUAAUUGGUUUAAUUUUAGGUUUAAUAGCUGUAGCAUCAAAUCCUUCUCCUUAUUAUGCUGCUUUAGGGUUGGUGAUGGCUGCUGGGAUAGGUUGUGGGUUAAUGGUGGGUUAUGGGGGUUCUUUUUUAUCUUUAGUAUUAUUUUUGAUUUAUUUGGGGGGGAUGCUGGUAGUUUUUGUUUAUACGGCAGCUUUAGCUGCUGAACCUUAUCCUGAAGCGUGAGGUGAUUGGUCGGUUUUGUUAUAUGUAGGUAUUUAUUUAAUGAGUGUGAUUUUUGUUGGGAAAUAUUUUGCGGUUGAUUGGUAUAAUAUGAAUUGGGUCGGAGUGGAGGAGAAUAGUGGGUUGGAUAUAGUUCGGGGUGAUUUUGGUGGGGUGGCUCUAUUAUAUUCUUGUGGUGGAUGAAUGUUAUUAUUGGGAGGGUGGGUAUUAUUACUAGCUUUAUUUGUGGUGUUGGAGUUAACUCGUGGUUUAUCUUGGGGAGCUUUACGUGUAGUUAGUUAA